CACCCGUCGCUGCCCGGGGAGCGUCCAAGAUGUUGGGGGACUGGGGCGGCAGCGGCCGCCGCGGCGCCAGGGACCGGGGCGCGCAGCAGCCUCCGCUCGCCAGCCUGUGCUGACCUGCCUCGCUUGCCCCCAAAGAAUGUCAGCCAAGUCCAAGGGGACCCCCUCCUCGUCCUCUCCAGCCGAGGGACCGCCGGCAGCCUCCAAAACCAAGGUGAAGGAACAGAUCAAGAUCAUCGUGGAGGAUCUGGAAUUAGUCCUGGGCGACCUGAAGGACGUGGCCAAGGAACUUAAGGAGGUGGUUGACCAGAUUGAUACCCUGACUUCUGACCUACAGCUGGAGGAUGAGAUGACCGACAGCUCCAAAACGGACACCCUGAAUAGUAGCUCAAGUGGGACAACAGCCUCCAGCAUAGAGAAGAUCAAAGUGCAGGCCAAUGCCCCCCUCAUUAAACCCCCAGCCCACCCAUCUGCUAUCCUCACCGUCCUGAGAAAGCCAAACCCUCCCCCUCCCCCUCCACGGUUGACACCUGUGAAGUGUGAAGACCCGCAAAGAGUGCUGCCCACUGUCAAUCCGGUAAAGACCAAUGGCACCCUUCUGCGAAACAGAGGCUUCCCAGGGGCACCAAACAAAAUUCCAAAUGGAGACAUUUGCUGCAGACCCAGCAGUAACUUGGACAAGGCUCCAGUGCAGCCUCUGAUGCAUAGACCUGAAAAAGACAGGUGCCCCCAAGCAGGGCCUCGGGAACGAGUCCGGUUUAAUGAAAAAGUCCAGUACCAUGGCUAUUGUCCUGACUGUGACACCCGGCAUCACAUAAAAAAUAGGGAGGUCCACUCACACAGCGAACCUGUCCACCCACCAGGAAAGCUUCCUCCCCAUGGCCCUGCCCAGCCUCCUCCCCCUCAUCUCCCUCCUUUUCCACUAGAAAAUGGGGGGCUGGGAAUAAGCCACAGUAACAGCUUCCCCCCACUCAGACCUGCACCUGUGCCUCCUCCCACAGCACCAAAACCACAGAAGACAAUCUUGAGGAAGUCAACCACCACAACAGUGUGAUGUAUGCCAUUUAAAAAAACUUUUUUGUUUUUUUUAAUUCUUAUAUUAUAAACAUA